AUGCUGCCCUUCACCAUCUACAUCAUUGCCAAGACAGACCUAAUCAAGUACAUGCUAACAAGGACAAUGUUGAGAGGCAGAACUGGAAAAUGGACUCUGGCUUUGAUAGAAUUUGCUUUCAGUUAUGUCCAUCCGAAAGCUGUCAAAGGACAAGCUGUGGCAGAUUUCUUAGCAGAUCAUCCAGGGGAAGAGAUUGAAAACAUGGAUUCUUUGGAUAUAGCAAAUGCAGAUAUGUUGACUAGAGCUCAUACUUGCCUUAACAAUCCCAUCUAUUCAGUUCACCUUACACCUUGGAAGCUGUACUUUGAUGGGGCUGAAUAUGAGGCUUUAAUCAUUGGCCUAGAAAUGCUGGUAGAGUUAGGGAUCCAAUCUGUAGAAAUCCUGGGAGAUUCUAUGCUUGUGUUAAAACAGAUUGCUGGAGAAUACAAGUGUUUAAAUCCUUCUUUAGCUGUCUAUCUAGUGGCAUCCAGAAACCUUCUGAUAGAAUUCAGAGAAGCUACCUGGGAACACAUUCCGAGAAAAGAAAACUUUGCAGCCAAUGAAAUGGAUCAGGUAGCAACAGGUAUACAAAUGCCUGAAGACUGUGUGCAAAGGAUCAUCAAGGUAGGAAAGAAAAGUCUACCAUCUGUUCUAACCGGAGCAAUGGAGAUAGAUGUCAAUUCUGCCAUAAUCACUGAAGAUGAUUGGAGAAAUCCCAUUAUAAAUUACUUACAGUAUCCAACCCUGCCUUCUGAGAAGAUGAGGUACUUCUGA